AAAAAAGGAAAAAACCGAGGCUUCUGGGUUGAAUCGGAGAACCCACCCAAGUCCUCAACCCUACAUAGAUAGAUAGAGAGGAAUAGAGGGAGAGAUUAAUGAAGAGAAGGCGAAGACGAUAACGGCUAACGGCGAAUUCCUUGACAUCAAAUGGCGCUGCCGGCGUCAAUAUCACUGCCCUCCUUAUCAUCCACUUCCAGGAUUAUACUAUUCAAGGGGAAAACAACUCUUAAUAGCUGUUUCCCGUUGAAUGGUGGUCGCCGAGCUACCCUUACAUCUUCAGUGAAAGUAAAAAUGGCACGGUUUAUGGAUUCUAAUUUCAUGCCUAUAGAGAUUGAAAAUCUAAAAGAGAAGAUGCAAGAGGUUGUACCUGAACCCGUUAAAAUUUUUCCUUGGAAGGAAGCAGAGAAGAUACUGGUGGAGAGACUGGUUUUUAUGGGGAAGGAGACACUGAAGUGGUCUCUUCUCUUGUUCUUUGUUCUUAGCUCCUUUUCAGAUUUUGUAGCAUCCAUAGUUAGAAACCAGGAGUUACUGAUUCCCAUUGGUCUCUUUAUUGGUGUCUUGUUGACUGACCUUUUAAAAGAGAUAUCUCAAGAAGUGUUUGGCAACUCUGAGGAAUCAAGCUUCAAGAAACAACUUUAUGGUAUCGGUUCCUUCUUCAUUCUCGUGAAGCUAAUUGUUUAUGGCUUUGCAAUUCAAGCACAGUUGUUUCCUCUGCAUGUUGCAAAUGGUGGCUUAAUGCAAGUUUUGUGGCUGUGGAGAAAUUUACCAAAAGAAAGAAAUCAACCGAAUGAACAGAGCCCGUUCGUAGGCCAAGGUACAUCUUAAACAUGGAUGAAUAAGAUUGUUUCAGAUGUUGAUAUUUGCUUCCUUGAAGAAUUUGGUCGCAUGUAAGGAUGGGAGAACACAAUAUUAUGAUAUGUAUCGGAAACUUGUUUAUCAUUGGAGACAGUGGCGAGCCCCGGCUAUGUAUGAGUAGGUUUUCUUUUCCUUUUGGGUUCAACAACGCAUGAAGUAGUAGAGAGAUUUGAACUUUUGCCUACUCGGUUGAAGGCAUUUUCUUAGACCAAUUGAGUUAUGCUCAGGUUUGCUUGUAUGAGUAGGUUGUAUCAAAACUCUCGCUCUUAGAGGUAAUGCUAGCUAGGUAUUGUGUAUCGGCUGCAUAAUCUGGUAAUGAGCGAUAUUUUGGCACCGUCUUCCUUUUGCCCUGCCUCUUUUUGGUCAA